AUGAAAUAUCUGGGCCUCAUCCUGGACAGCAGGUGGCGCUUCGGCCCGCACUUCGCCGAUCUGUCCAAGCCCCUGCUAAAGACGGCAAACGACCUCUCAUGGCUCAUACCAAAUCUGGGAGGGCCAAGCGCGCGAUGCCGGCGACUAUAUGCCGGCAUACUCCGAAGCAUGGCCCUUUAUGGGGCUCCAGUUUGGGCGGACUACCUGCGCAGGAGGGAGAACGCCACCGCCCUUCGCGUGCCCCAAAGGGCUAUCGCUCAACGGGUGGCGCGGGCUUACCGCACGGCGGCGUGCGCACUGGCAAGCACUCCACCUUGGGAGCUCGAAGCGUGGGUGCUCGCCAGAGUGUAUGAGUGGACGGUGGACCGGAGGGCGCGAGGAGAGCGCCAGGAGUAG